ACCAAUGUAUUCGCUCGAGCGGAGUCGUCCUGUCUGUUGACAGAGUACGAGCGUAGCAAAUAAGAUUAAAACCCACUUUUUAAGUCCUGGACUAAUUUGUUCGAAAACGUUAUAGCUACUCUCAGAGGCUUUUGGCGUUGUCUUUGUGUGGCUAACGUUCUAUGUUUGAUAUCGGAGUGGAAAAGUGUGUCCACACGGAAAGGGAGGAGGAUUCAUUCUAUUCAACCUGGGCCCCCUUCAUGCAAGUUGGUUGUACCUUUUCAAGGCCACUGCUGCAGGGGACAAAUAUGGAAACACUGCCGGAGGCACCACAGGGGUGCAGUGGAUAACCAAGCUUGAGAAUGACCUGAAGACAAGUUAAAACACAAUAAUCACCCAAAGAACUAUUGAGGGCUAGAAUGUUCAUUAAGUGUUGUGUUUAGUUUUUUUUGUUUGCUCCAUUAAUAUAUUCUUGGAAAACCUGAGGAGUAACUAAUUGGAACUCUAACCUGCCCGAACAAGUUAUUCACAGCAGUGUUCAUUCAAAAUAAUAUACAUAUAUAUAUAUAUAUACCAACAACAACCAAAAACACCCGUGAAAAGUCUCUACGAUGGCCGCAGAAGGAUAUCAGUACAGGGCACUUUAUGAUUACAAGAAGGAGCGAGAGGAGGACAUUGACCUCCAUGUGGGGGACAUCUUAACAGUGACCAAAGGGACCCUGGUAGCCCUAGGGUACAGUGACGGCCUUGAGGAAAGGCCAGAGGACAUUGGUUGGCUGCCUGGCUUUAAUGAAACCACUCAGGAAAAGGGAGACUUUCCAGGGACAUAUGUGGAGUUCAUUGGGAAGAAGAGGAUCUCUCCUCCCACUCCCAAGCCGAGACCCCCCAGACCCUUACCCGUGGCCCCGGGCUCCUCCAAGGCUGACUCUGGUGAUGAACUAGGCUCCGCCCUCCUGGACCUGACAGAGCAGUUUGCGCUCCCAGAGACCGCUCCUCCCAUGCUGGCCAAGCUGCUGGAGGCCAUCGAGAAGAAAGGUCUGGACAACCCAACGCUGUACAGGACCUUCACAGCCGAUGGUGGACUGGAUGUUAGACAGUGCUUUGACACUGAUCCUCCGUCAGCAGACCUGGACCAGAUGGACCUGCAGAUGCUGUGUGACGGUCUACGUCGGUACCUGCAGGAUCUUCCCCAGCCUGUCAUACCACCGGCCAUCUACACUCAGCUGGUCCACACCGCCCAAGAGGUGCAGAGCCCCAAGGAGUGUGCCCAGCUGCUGCGUCGCAUCGCCAGCACACCCAGCCUGCCAGCCCAGUACUGGCUCACCUUCCACUGCCUGCUGCGCCACUGGUCCCGGGUGUGCCACAACGCGCCCAAGAACCUGCUCAGCUCCCGCGCCCUGGGGGAGAUCUUUAGCCCCGUGCUCUUCAGACAGCAGGCUGCCAGGUGGGUGCAGGAGAGAGAGGAACUGGCACUCACAGACAGCUGCGAGCCUAGCCCAGAUGCUCACAUCAAGAUCAUUGAGACCCUUGUGACUAGCGAAUGGACAGAAGCACAGGCGGCUCCAGCCCUACCUCCCAAGCCACCAAAACCCACUCCCCCUGCUGUCACUAACAACGGUAUGAACAACAACAUGGCGCUGCAGGACGCCGAGUGGUACUGGGGAGACAUCUCCCGCGAGGAGGUCAAUGAGAAGCUGAGGGACACGGCCGACGGUACGUUCUUGGUCCGUGACGCCUCCACCAAGAUGCACGGUGACUACACGCUCACGUUGAGAAAAGGGGGUAACAAUAAGCUGAUAAAGAUAUUCCACCGGGAUGGGAAAUAUGGCUUCUCUGACCCCCUGACCUUCAACUCAGUGGUGGAGCUCAUCAACCACUACCGUAAUGAGUCCCUGGCCCAGUACAAUCCCAAGCUAGACGUGAAGCUGCAGUUUCCCGUCUCCAAACACCAGCAGGAUCAGGUGGUGAAGGAGGACAAUAUUGAUGCUGUGGGGAAGAAGCUCCAUGAGUACCAUCAGCAGUACCAGGAGAAGAAUCGAGAGUAUGACCGACUCUACGAGGAGUACACCAGGACGUCCCAGGAAAUCCAAAUGAAAAGGACAGCGAUCGAAGCCUUCAAUGAAACCAUCAAGAUAUUCGAGGAGCAGUGCCAAACGCAAGAGCGGUACAGCAAGGAGUACAUUGAGAAGUUCAGGAGGGAAGGCAAUGACAAGGAGAUCCAGAGGAUCGUGGGCAACUAUGAGAAGCUAAAGUCUCGUAUCAGUGAGAUCGUGGACAGCAAGCGGCGUCUGGAGGAGGACUUAAAGAAGCAGGCUGCUGACUACAGAGAGAUCGACAAACGGAUGAACAGCAUCAAACCCGACCUCAUCCAGCUCCGCAAAACCAGGGAUCAGUACCUCACGUGGUUGACCCAGAAGGGAGUCAGGCAGAAGAAGCUCAACGAGUGGCUAGACAUCAGAAAUGAGAACACAGAAGAUCAAUACUCUAUGGUGGAUGACGAUGAGGACCUUCCUCACCACGACGAGCGCUCCUGGAAGCUGGGCAACAUCAACCGGCUGCAGGCUGAGGCCCUCCUCCGGGGGAAGAGGGACGGAACAUUCCUGGUUCGAGACAGCAGCAAGGCAGGGUGCUACGCCUGCAGUGUUGUGGUGGAAGGUGAAGUGAAGCACUGUGUCAUCAACAAGACGCCCUCAGGGUUUGGCUUCGCUGAGCCUUACAACCUGUACAGCUCACUCAAAGAACUGGUCCUCCACUACCAGCACACGUCACUGGUCCAGCACAAUGACUCUCUGAAUGUGACACUAGCGCACCCCGUCUAUGCACAGCAGAGGCGGUGAGGACCCUUACCGUCAGUCGGACAGAUACGUCUACUCAGACUUUGUCCUUAAGGAUUUUAAAAGCUAGGAUGUGUCUUGCCUACUAACAUACAUACUUUUUAUCCACAAGAGAGGAAAGGACUAAAGACAACCGCAAAACGAAGCCUGAAAACAUUUCAGCGACUGUGAGCAGUGGCGAGAGCCUGAAUGUAGUCUUGUUACUCUCGUGCUUAUUGUGGGAGCACAGAGUCAAGGCGAAACUGCUGAACUCUCUCCCUAAGUGGAGGACAUUGGAGGCCUUUUCCUAAUGGUGCUUGUUCUUUUCAAAGCUUUACCAGCUGGAAUGUCAAAAUGCAGAUAAAACUCGAAUGCAUCAUUUUUGUUUUUCUACUGUUCCUCCUCUUUUCCCCAUUUGUUUUUACUGUGUGUAUGUGUCUGAGAGUGUUUGAGAGUUAGUGUGUGCAUCCUUGUGACCAAAACUCACAGUAUCUGAAAGGUGUUGGGGAUGUCUAACACACCUGUGUGUUUAAGUGUUCAGUGACAGACCGUGGAUCAACUGAUAAAUGUAGCAAAAUGGCACUUUUGACAAAGUAUAAUUGUUUUAUUGAAAAAGACUCCUACGGACUUGUUGAAUCAAAGGAGCAAAGGAGAUGACAAGGUGGCAAGAAUUCCGGACUUUUCCCUUGCUAACCAGUGCAGAGACUCAACUGUUCUCUACUGUGGAUGAGUGAAAAUAUGAGCGGACUUAAAAUGGAAAUAAGUAUGUAUAUAUACAGAGGAGAAUGUCAGUACAAAGCGAUGAAAACCUACCAUACCAAAAAAGCUCAGUUCCUUUUCGGUUUUAUCCUAAUAUGCUAUGCAAUUCUGUCUCCCUUAUUUCUGCAAAGUUGUUUUUAUUCUGUUGCAAACCCAUAAUAUAAGCUUGUUUUUAUUGCUUGAAAAAGUGUAUUUUUCCCAUGUAAAUAUCCAAGAGGAUAUUUUGUGUCAAAAUGCCAAGAUAAAAACUGCUUCAUAUUUUUUAAGAAAGUAAAUAAUAGUAACAUACUUUAUUACAAAUUUUUAUCAGCAACUGAUAAAAUUAGUGUUUUAUUAGUACUUUUUUUGCUUCAAACUGAUAUUCUUCUCAGGCUGAGAGCCUUUUGAGUAUUUGACAGCUGCUUCAGUCACAAAUAUUUCUAACAGAGCCACAUGUUCUAGAUCUUAGUCGAAAAACAAACAAUGGUAGCAUCCCAUAGCAUCCAAAGGGGCAGCCUAUUCCUUAUAGGAUACAGGGACUAGGGUGCCAUUUGAGAGGUAGCCUAUGACUCUUAAGUAUGUGCACUCUUAGCAUGGAAUAAUGGGAAUAUUUGUUGAUUACUGCAGUCAUAAUGGUGCAUGUUGUACUCAACUUUUCAACCAUCCAUGGAAACAACAGUAUAGAUUUAUUUUGUUAUAUAACCUUUCCCCUUCACAAUGAGAUCAAAGCAAAUCUGUGUUUUUAAAUGACGGAAAUUGUUAUUAAAAGUAUAAAUUGGGAGACAUUUGAUCUUCCCGUAUGCUUUGUCCCUAUAGUAUUUUUUCUGUAUCAGAAAAUCUUUUGAGUGUUUAAAGGGGUGGAUCAACUCAUUUAGAAUAAUGAUUGCUUAUUAUCGUACAACUUUGUCUGCCAAUACAUAGUGGUUCUGUUACUUGGAGGAAGUACCAACAUUUUGCUGCAACCCUCUAGUAAACAGUGUCACUGCUGCAGUUUUAGUUUUCUCACCCCUUUAUUCAAAAAUUUAUAUUUCCAUGACUGUAAAUUAGGAUUUUAAUCUCUACUACACUGUAAACAUGUAUCAAUGGAAAUUCACAGUGAUAGAUAUUGUAUGACCUAACAUGACAAAAAUAAUCUUGAUACAUUUCUUUUCAACUCCAUUAUGUCCCCAGAAUGAUAAACAUAGUAACAUUUAUGUCGAUAAAUAGAUUUUAUUUCAUUUAAAUAAUAUUAUAUUCAACUUUAGACUAUCAGCUAAAGACUUACCAUCCAAGCCCAGUCAAUAAAAUUUAAAUGGAGAACACAGCCAUGCAAUCUCCAUAGACAAACAUGGGCAGUAGAAUGGCCUUACUGAAGAGCUCAGUGACUUUCAUCGUGGCACCGUCAGCAUGCCACCUUUCCAACAAGUCAGUUAGUCAAAUUUCUUCCCUGCUAGAGCUGCCCCAAUCAACUGUAAGUGCUUCAUGAAAUGGGUUUCCUUGGCCGAGCUGCCACACACAAGCCUAAGAUCACCAUGCGCAAUGCCAAGCGUCGGCUGGAGUGGUGUAAAGCUCACCGCCAUUGGAUAUUGGAGCAAUGGAAAUGCGUUUUUUUGAGUGAUGAAUCACACUUCACCAUCUUGCAGUCCGACUGGCUAAUCUGGUAUUGGUGGAUGCCAGGAGAACGCUACCUGCCCCAAUGCAUAGUACCAACUGUAAAGUUUGGUGGAGGAGGAAUAAUGGUCUGGGGCUGUUUUUCAUGCUUCGGACUAGGCCCCACAGUUCCAAUGAAUGCAAAUUGUAACGCUACAGCAUACAAAGACAUUCUAGACAAUUCUGUGUUUCCAACUUUGUGGCAAAAGUUUGGGGAAGGCCCUUUCCUGUUUCAGCAUGACAGUACCCCCGUGCACAAAUCGAGGUCCCUACAGAAAUGGUUAGUUGAGAUUGGUGUGGAUGAACUUGACUGGCCUGCAUAGAGCCCUGAACUCAACCCCAUUGAACACCUUUGGGUUGAAUUGGAACGCCCAUCAGUUUCCGACCUCACAAAUGUUCUUGUGGCUGAAUGGAAGCAACUCCCCGCAGCAAUGUUCCAACAUCUAGUGGAAAGCAGCAUGUCCACUGUUAAGCUCUGCAAUGUGGAUGUUCGUCAUUCUGAUUGGUCAAGAGUCAAUAGCUAUUUCAAAAUGUAGAAUUUUCCUUUUUACACAUUUUAAAGGAGUAGUUCACUAUUUUACAACUUAAUCUUAGACGGUUCCUCUCCCUGAAAGUAGUCUAUUGGCCAUAACAAAAAAAUGUAAUGGCCAAAUUACCUUUUAAGUAACAUCAAACCAAAUAUUGAGCUGAUUUGAAUUGAUUUCAGGUUAUUUGGCCUUUAAAAAAAAAUGUAACAUGCUCACAUGGCCCCAUCACUUUCAUUGAUUGUUAGCUUUUUAAUGGGUGUUUAUAGAACUGAACCAUGGAUUACAGUUUCUCAUGGCCUACUACUCUUUAUAAGAUUAAUUGUCGUUAACUGUUUUUCUUUUGCUUUACUCACAUUGGUUCACUCAAGGCCAAUAACUACAGAACCAGUUAAAACAAAGCAAGUUUGGAUUCAAGCUACUAUGUCACCUCUGGGAUAAAUACCCAUUGUACUAUACAAUACCUUUUCAAGUUUGUUGUAUAAUUGUAGUUUGAUCUCAGGUGGCCCUGGUCUUGUUUGUCACUUUUGUCCAAAGUGUCAUCUCUGUGUUCUUUGAAAAAAAACUGCACCGUUUUGAGGUUUAUUUUCUUUUAAACCUCAAUGACUAUAUGACUUCAGUUGACAUGGUGACUGUGACAGAAAUGUUGAGAUUGAGAUUUAACAGUGUUCCCCAGUUUUGCUUCAAACCUGUAUUAGGCUUUGUUAAAAUGAAAUAAAAGUGUUUAAGAAACUA